AUGCAGUUGCAGUUGGUGAAGCUAGUGGAUGGGAUUGAGAUGAGACCAUCGCGAACAGCAACCAUGAAUAAUAUUAACAAGGGACUCCUAACGGCUACGCUCUACCGCAUCGCCUCAAGCUCAUCCACAUACUCAAUUGCACCGAGUUUCAUGCAGUUUCAACCAGACUACACCAGAGAUGCUCAAGCAACUGCAUCAGCCCUCACACCGUUUUGA